AUGGAUUUCAAUGGGAGCCAAGACUAUGGGUCUUAUCCAACGGGGCUGCCCUUUAACACAAGCAUGGACUAUGACGACUAUUACCAGGAGCCUGACGCCAGUAAAAUCAUCAUCCCAUCCAUCUAUGCUCUUGUCUGCUGUGUAGGUCUUACUGGCAACGCCAUGGUUAUCUAUGUCAUUCUGAAAUAUGCCAAAAUGAAAACAGCCACCAAUAUUUACAUCCUCAACUUAGCGAUCGCUGACGAGUUGUUCAUGUUAAGUGUUCCUUUUCUGGCCACAUCGGCUGCCGUUCGCCACUGGCCCUUCGGGUCGCUGAUGUGUAGAUUGGUGCUGAGCGUAGAUGGUAUCAAUAUGUUUACAUCAAUCUUCUGCCUGACUGUGCUAAGUGUGGACCGCUAUGUAGCAGUGGUCCACCCUAUCAAGGCUGCCCGCUACCGUAGACCCACUGUAGCAAAAGUAGUGAAUGUAUGCGUAUGGGGGCUGUCACUCAUUGUCAUCCUGCCCAUCAUUAUCUUCGCAGACACUGUCCCAGCGCAGGACGGUGGCGUGGACUGUAACUUCUUGUGGCCUGAAGCAGCAUGGUCAGAAGCAUUUGUGGUCUAUACCUUCCUGUUGGGAUUUCUACUGCCGGUCGGGGCUAUCUGCUUGUGCUACUGUCUAAUGGUAACCAGGAUGCGAGCGGUGGGGCUGAAAGCAGGAUGGCUUCAACGACGGCGCUCAGAGAAGAAGAUCACCCGCAUGGUGCUGCUAGUUGUGGCAGUGUUUGUUCUCUGCUGGAUGCCCUUCUACAUCGUCCAGCUGGUCAGUGUAUUCCAUCGGCCUCCGGACCCCAUGGUCACUCAGCUUUUUGUCAUCCUCAGCUAUGCCAACAGCAGUGCCAAUCCUAUCCUGUACGGUUUUGUGUCUGACAAUUUCCGGCGUUCAUUCCAGCGCAUUGUGUGUUUCCGGUGGCUGGAGUCUGGGCUAGAUGCGGAGCAGGUGGAUUACUGUGCUGUAGCUCUCAAGAGACAAGCAACAUGUAGCCCUCUGGAUUUGCCCAAGGACUGUAUGGCUUCUGAUAUGGUGUUUCGCAAUGGAACAUACACCUCCCGUACAACCACAGUGUAACAUUCAACCAGAACAGUACCUAAAAUAAGGACCACAGCCUAAACAAGAGCUUUCAACC